AUGUUUAAUGCGUUUUUUAAGAGAAAAGCGACUGAACCUGAAGCGCCAAAUGGAGAAAAUGAAAAAAACACAGAGGAAGCAAAUACAAAGGGAAUAAACCACCAUGGUGAUGGUGAAGACGGCUCUGCGAUGCAGGAUGAUGGACCCUCUCACGAUGACAGGAAAAGAAAACAACACAAGGGAAGAGAACAUAAAGACCAGGGGGAAUACAUGCGCAAGGGAUCAAAUGAUGAUUUUCGUAAAAAAAUGAAGGACGGCCAACCGAGUGCCUUCGCCGGCAGCAGCAACGAUGUUAUGAAUGCGGACCGGAGCUCUAGCUCGUGCGCCAAGUCGGACAGGAGUCGAGACGGGCACAGGCACAAGCGCAGGAAGAGGGACAGAAGCAGGAGUAGCAGCAGCCGACAUAGAAGUCGCAGUCGAAGUCGAAGCAGGAGUCGACACAGACACAGGCACCGAAGUCGAAGCCGACACAGACACAGGCACCGACACAUACAUCGGCACAGGAGCAGGAGUGGGGGAAAGGGCAGCGACAGAAGCACCGACGGGGAAAGAGACAGGCAUAGACACAAGCACGGACACAGAGACAGGCACAGGGAUAGGGAUAGGGACAGGGACCGAGAUCGAGAGCGAGAUAGGGACCGGGAUCGCGACCGCGACAGGCACAGACACAGACACCGAAGUCGAAGCCGCAGUCGCAGCAGGCACAGGCGCAGGGACGGGAGCACCAAGAGGCUCUCCAGCGGCAGGCACGACAGAAGCAGCAUAGGCAGUGCGGCAAACUCUGAACAUCAGGAGAGGCGUGCCAGGAGGAACAACUCCCCAGGUAGCGAAAGCAUGGAUGGAAAAUACAAUGAUGUAACAAAACGGAGUAGCAGAUACUCACACAAUGAUGGUAACCCUUCUGAGGAAAACAAUUCAGAGGACAAGGUGAAUCACCAUGGUGUCGCAAAUGAUAUAGUUGGUGGAGCACAGCAACACUUAAAUAAUAAUAAAAAAUAUAGUGACUCCUCUGAUGGGGAUAAUGAAGAAGAUUUGUCCGAAGGGGAAAUGCUAAAAAAAGUUAUGGGUAUAAGUGAAUUCAGUACGACAGACAAUAAAUGUCACAAUGAGACAGACCUGUCUGGCGUUAAUCGAAGGACCAAAAGGAAGUAUCGCCAAUAUAUGAACAGGCGGGGUGGCUUUAACAGACCCUUAUCCCCCGCCUUUUAG